AAAUCGCAGAAUUUUCAUGCUCUAUCCUGAAUGACACCUGUGAUUGCUAAUGAUAAUAUCUUCGUUUCUGCAUUGGACUGUGAGAGAUGUGUCCUGUCCUGCCUUCCCACCAACUGAAACCUGCGCUCUGCCCAAUUUGGCGCCAUAGUUUGCAUGAACAAGUUCAGACUGUACACCUCAAGGAUAUCCAGCCAAGUAAGCCUUGAGACUCACAGAAGAGAGAAGAGAAUGUUUGACCAGGAAUCAAGGUAUGUUUCUCCUUUGGGUCUAUCUAACUGCAAGUAAAUUUCUUCUUCCCUAGGCCACCCCCAUCAUGCCAAACCAACCUCACCAAGAAAAGCAAAGCUUUCUCUCCAUGGUUGAUGCCUUGAUGGCAGCACUUGCCCUCACUCUCUUCCCCUUCUUUAAAUCUUGUAAGCAUCCUCGCAAUGUCUUCUUCCUUUGUUCCGAUCGAGACCCCAUUUUAUCUUCCCCCAUCGACGACGUCGGCUGCCGGGGUUUUCCGUAGCCAAGUCUCACCAUGGGAGAGCCGAGGCAUCACUGCAAGCUAUGGCUCCUCCUGCUGGCAUUGGCCCCGUGGCUGCACGCAUCGACGGGCGCGGCGACGACGUUCACCAUAGCGAACUACUGCGCCUACACGAUAUGGCCGGGCACGCUGGCCGGCUCCGGCACGCCGCAGCUGUCCACGACGGGGUUCGAGCUCGGGCCGGGGCAGACGGUGCGGCUCGCGGCGCCGCCGGCGUGGUCCGGGCGGAUGUGGGCGCGGACCGGGUGCGUGUUCGACGCGGCCGGCGCCGGGGUGUGCCAGACGGGCGACUGCGGCGGGCGCAUGGAGUGCCGCGGCGCCGGCGCCACGCCCCCGGCCACGCUCUUCGAGGUCACGCUGGGGAAGGGCGGCGGCGAGGACUUCUACGACGUGAGCCUCGUCGACGGGUACAACCUCCCCGUCGUCGCCAUCCCCCGCGCGCUGCGCGGGCCCGGCGCGUGCAACGCCACCGGCUGCUUGGCCGACCUCAACCGCUCGUGCCCGACGGAGCUGCAGGUGGUCUACGGCGCCGGCGCGAUCGCGUGCCGGAGCGCGUGCGAGGCGUUCGGGCAGGACAGGUACUGCUGCAGCGGCGCCUACGGCACGCCGGCCGCGUGCCGGCCGACGUCGUACUCGUCCGUCUUCAAGAUGGCGUGCCCGCGCGCCUACAGCUACGCCUACGACGACAGCACCAGCACCUUCACCUGCAGCGCCGACGACUACACCGUCGCCUUCUGCCUCCCCACCUCCGGGAUAAAGGAGUCGGACGCCGUGUUCCUGGGCGCGCAGAUCAUCGGCGGCCGCGGCACAGGUGCUGCCGAAGCCAACGAUAUCGCGCCGCCGGCGUACGGCAACGGUGGCGCGGGCGCUUACCCACCGCCGACCUCCGACAGCUACAGCGGUGGUGGACCCGGAGGCGCUUACCUGCCGCCGGUUUACAACUACGGGCCUGGCGGCGAUCGCAUACCGCCGGCGAUGAGGAUCUCGUCGGCGAGCACGACGACGUACAUCCGGCCGUGGCUUCCGCUGCUGCUGCUGCUCCUCUGCUUUACCUGACCGUAGUUCCGUUGCCCGCUGCGCACGACGAGCUCGCGACAGUUUAAGCUGACUCCGAGUUUAACGCAGCCUGGCAGCAAAGAAGAGAUGGGUCGAUCGAGAAGGGCCUUUCAUUCAUGCGUUGGAUGUUUGCACGAUCCAAAACUUAUUUUCAUCCCUCGUGGAUAUGUUUGCAGAGCUCCAACUUA